AAGAAACAUGAGCAGAAGGAUCCGUAGGAGAAGACGAAAGUGGACUGGGUGGUUUGUGCUAAAAUGACGACUUUAGUGCUGGAUAACGGAGCCUACAACGCCAAAAUCGGUUACAGCCACGAAAAUGUCUCGGUUAUUCCUAACUGUCAGUUCAGGUCAAAAACAGCACGUCUUAAAACCUUUACUGCUAACCAGAUAGAUGAAAUAAAAGAUCCUUCUGGACUCUUUUACAUCCUUCCUUUUCAGAAGGGGUACUUGGUGAAUUGGGAUGUUCAAAGACAAGUUUGGGAUUACCUUUUUGGAAAAGAAAUGUAUCAGGUUGAUUUUUUAGAUACUAAUAUUAUUAUCACAGAACCAUAUUUUAACUUCACUUCAAUUCAAGAAUCAAUGAAUGAAAUCCUAUUUGAAGAAUAUCAGUUCCAAGCAGUAUUAAGAGUAAAUGCUGGAGCUCUCAGUGCACAUAGGUAUUUCCGAGAUAAUCCUUCUGAAUUAUGCUGUAUCAUUGUAGAUAGUGGAUAUUCCUUUACACAUAUUGUUCCUUAUUGUAGAAGUAAAAAGAAAAAAGAAGCAAUUAUUCGGAUAAAUGUGGGAGGAAAGCUUUUAACCAAUCAUCUAAAGGAGAUCAUUUCUUACAGGCAGCUACAUGUUAUGGAUGAAACACAUGUAAUUAAUCAAGUAAAGGAAGAUGUGUGCUAUGUGUCUCAGGAUUUUUAUAGAGACAUGGAUAUUGCAAAGUUGAAAGGAGAAGAAAAUACAGUAAUGAUAGACUAUGUUUUGCCUGAUUUCAGUACAAUUAAAAAGGGCUUUUGCAAGCCAAGGGAAGAGAUGGUGUUAAGUGGAAAAUAUAAAUCUGGGGAACAAAUUCUUCGCCUGGCCAAUGAGAGAUUUGCUGUUCCAGAAAUACUAUUUAAUCCUUCUGAUAUAGGCAUUCAAGAAAUGGGAAUUCCAGAAGCUAUUGUCUAUUCAAUUCAGAACUUACCUGAAGAAAUGCAGCCACAUUUUUUUAAGAACAUUGUUUUGACAGGAGGAAAUUCCCUUUUCCCAGGAUUUAGGGAUCGGGUUUACUCGGAAGUUCGAUGUCUCACUCCAACAGAUUAUGAUGUUUCUGUUGUGCUGCCUGAAAACCCUAUUACUUAUUCCUGGGAAGGUGGAAAAUUGAUAUCAGAGAAUGAUGAUUUUGAAGAUAUGGUGGUAACAAGAGAAGAUUAUGAAGAAAAUGGACAUAGCAUCUGUGAAGAGAAAUUUGAUAUUUAAGAAACAUUUCUGAAUGAAAGUCUUGACUGGUUGUGACUGAAAGGUUUAAUUUCAGUAGUUUUUUUUUUUUUUUUAAAGAGGUUAAGGACCUGUGUCACCUUUCAUCUUAGAUAUAAGUUUCAGACUUGUGUAAAUACUUUUGAUCCAUGGCUCUGUUUCAAAGGUGACCUAACUGGGUUAUUACAGUCAACUGUAACUCAGCCCACAUUUUCAUUUAGGAGCUAGACGAUCGUAACAGAGCUUAUGCAGUUUCUGAGAGUAGGUUAGCCUUCAUUAGAAGAAUCUAGGUGAAAGCACAACCUUAACUGUCUUACUGGUCAGUUUUUCUUAGAAGAAGAUAGUUUUGUGUGACUAUGACUAGUAAUUGGCUAAAGUGUUUAUAGGCUGAUGCGAUUUCUCUCUCUUUUAGAACUAAGUAUUUUAUUUUAAAAAAUGUCACUCUUGCUUAUACAUACUAAAGUUGGAAAAAGUAAUUUUAUGUGUAUCUAAUGUUUACUUUUUACUUAGAGUAAAUUUGAAAGGGUGGAGACUAAAGUCAAUUUAUUAAUGUGUUUUUGGUCAGUAUUUUGUUGGCAAAAAUGUAUUAUUUCAGUCAUUAAAAUGUUACACUGUUUUUUAGGAUGAAAGGAAAUUUGAAGUUAACUUAAUGGUUGUUUGCCGUUAACUCAAUGGUUUACUCAAGAGUUAAAAAAACUUUUGAUAUAAUUUGUUUUAAAAAUUGCUUUAUAUAAUCCACAGUAAGCAUAUUAAGAUGUUAAGGCUAUAGAUUUCCAGUCUAAGGAUAUCAGUGAAUGGAUCCGGUAAGGUCCUUUGAUUGCAAACUGCAGAAACUCAUUUGGGCUCUUGCAGGCAAAACAGUUUAUUGGCAGGACAGAGGUUAGCUCAUAAAAAAAAAAAAAAAGCUACCAGAGUAGCUUUAGGAAUCUAGGUUACAGAAACUGAAACGGCCCUUGUAGAGCCCUGCCAUCAAAACAUCUCAGUGCCUGUAUUUUCUAGCCUAUGACACUGUGCUCAUGAAUUAAAUUCCUAGUAAUCUCUUUACCGUAGCUGGGAUCAUAUGCCUGCCCCAAGGAUUUAGGGGUUUUUGACAGUCCCACCAAGACCAUCUAGGAUGAAAGAAAGUAGUUCCCUAAACGAAAAUUGAUUUGAAGAGAUGGAUGCAGGGCAGGUUGAAAGAGCUAUCCACUAUAAUAAUAAUGUUUGGAUUAUUAUAUUGGGUAAGGCCUGGUCAGUCCUUCCUAUACCUAGACUGGUUAUCCUUCUGUGAUGGUUAUUCUGUUGCAAAGUGAUUAUUUUUGUGAUAACCAGUUACUAUUAUAUAAAUUGCAGUGUAGCAAAAAGAUACUGGUGGCAUAAAAAAAGUUAUUUAACCAAACUGUAACGGCUAAAAUUUCAAGGUGAUAUGGUUACAGGUUAAAAGUCUUAGUAAUUCCCCACAUAAAGGGCUUUCCUUGACUUGUCAGAACCUCAUCCCAAAUAGGCAAAAGGCUAUUGUCACUUGCCAAGGUGUUUCUCCUAUAAGGAACUGGGGCAUUCAUUAUAUUAGAAUCUAUACUUUAUAUUGUAUGCAUGAAACAGUUCAUAUUGUGUUUUGUUGUAAGAUUAAAUAAGUGAUUCUAGGAAACAAAAAGAGUGCCAUUGAUGAAAUAAAUGUGGAUGAAUUUCUAAAAAGAUAGAAAACAAAUGGGAUUAAAUUGCUGAAGAAACAAGAACAAGAAAAAAAAAUUCCAAAUUAGGGUGGGGAAAACUAUCAAAGAGAUAAGAACAAUUCGAGAGAGAUUUUAAUCUCAGGACAGACAGAGCAGAAGAUCACGGGUGAGCCCUUGAAAGCAUGAAUUAGAAACAGCUGAGCCCUGUGCUUUUUCUUGGUAUUAAGAUUCAGCAGUAAGCGGAGUUGAAGUGUAAAGGUUGGAGGGAGAGAAACAUUAUAGAACCUGAAAUAAUUUCAUAUCUCCUAAGGGCAACAGAGUUAAACCUUUAUAAAAGGAGCAGCUGAGUGUAUCACUGCACUCUGACUUAAGUGGAGAACUCAAAAUUCAUUUGAAUCCUGACAGGGCACGACCCUAGGGAAUUUAGCAUACCUCCCACCAGCUCUUCCAGCCCCCCACCCCCUUCCCACUCCCCCAUCAAAGGCAAGGCACUAUAAUUAGAACUUACAUGCUUACAUUCAUGGACAGGUAAAUAGAUACUUAUAAUUAAAAAAAAAAAACAAAAAAAAAACAGACAACCAAGAAUAAAAUAUUUGAAGAAAACUACCA